UACUUUAGCGCCCCCAGGUCGACCCGAGUCAGUACACCAAUGGCUGAUGAGUUCUGCCAACUAUUACUUCUGGUUCAACAGUCAUGUCAAUGUCAUUGAAUUUUAUUAUUAAUUUUUGUACAGAUCUGGAGAAUAUUCCCUUUUAACCUUUUUUUGUACUUGAAGUCAAGACAAAAAUGACUUUCAAGUCAUAUAGCACAGUAAUCUAAUUAGCUUCACUCAGUGUCGGACAUUUGUGGGCUGGUGUUUCGAACCAUCAAGCUUUUGUACCCAAGCUCCGCAUUCGUCACCGUCAUGGCCGAAUCCACAAAGCCCAAGAUCACCCAUGUAAUCUUCGAUAUGGAUGGACUUUUACUUGAUACAGAGUCCAUCUACACUCUGACAACCCAGGAGCAGGUAUCCCGCUACGGCAAGGACUUUACAUGGGAGGUAAAGGGCAAGCUGAUGGGUACAAGUGAGCGUGAGGGCUGGCAGAUCCUAUUCCGUGAGCUGGAGCUGGAGGGAAAGGCUGACAUGGAGGAGAUGAUGAUCCAGACGAGAAAACGCCGCGACGAGCUUUUUCCAACGUGCAAAUUGAUGCCAGGUGCAGAAAGGCUGAUCCGCCACUUGCAUAGCCACGGCGUCCCGAUCUGCGUCGCGACAAGCUCUCGCUCAUCGUCCUUUGAGGCCAAGACCAGCCAGAAGCAGGAGCUCUUUUCCCUUUUCCAUCACUGCGUGCGCGGCGAUGAUCCUGAUCUGAAGCGUGCCAAGCCGUCACCGGAUAUUUUCCUCGUCGCUGCUUCACGAUUCUCAGAGCCGCCAGCACCUGAGAAGUGCCUAGUAUUUGAGGACGCCCCGCAAGGUGUAGAGGCUGCAUUGGCGGCCAACAUGACUUGCAUCAUGGUUCCAGACUCUCAUCUGUCCAAGUCCUUGCUUGGUAGGGCGCACGUAGAACUGGCAUCUUUGGAGGACUUUGAUCCGGCGGUAUAUGGCCUUCCUGGAUUUUAGGGUCCAUGUGCAUUUGUGGUGAUUGAGCCAGCCAUAUGACAUCCUUCGUCUGGACAUGACUAAAUGCAAGAAUUGUAGUCACGAGUGACCCGAAGCAGCACACACGUAAAUGGCCGUCAGUUCCCAGUGCGAUGGCUACAGACAUUGUCGUGGACACCUGCUUCUGAAUGAAUCACACGCUGUGUGUGUGAGCAUGUGUUAUGUGCAACACAGCCAUCAAGAUUAGUAUUAGCUCAGUCAUAGUAACUGGCACUAAUAUAGCCGUUGGUCAGUCAAAAGUGGCUCACGCCAAUCUAGCCUUUGUUUAUCCUAGCUGCUGGCAGCUAUGAUCCGGAUCUCAACCAGUCGCUCUUUUGCUGAAUUUUCCUUGUGGGAUAUUUAUUCCAUUCCUGUCCUUGUGUACGGUGUCGUUUCUUCCUUUACUCUACUGCUACCACCUGUUUGUCAGUCUAGGAUUGUACUGUGCUGUGCUGUGGCAUGUACAUGGCUAUACAGGUGGUGCGGGUAGUCUUGUAAGUUCUGUACAUGUACUUGCAGUGGCGUGUCUAGACAGACAGCAGUCUGCUUGUAGUAUCGCUAACAGCUGGCAGCCACAUGCUGUGGACAAAUACCAGCCAGGGCAUUGUUUCUUAUGAGCUGCAAGUACCGGUGUGGCCUGUACGUGGGCUGGCUCUCUCCAGCAACAUCCCCGCUGCUCAUGCAUGCGGUAGCUGAACACAUCCAUAUCCAGCCUCAGUUCCAGGUUUGUGCAGGAUGAGGCACUCAGUGGAGAUCUACUCUGUUUCUGUCUACAAUCUCUCAGGCUGGCUGGACUUCUGUUUGCUUGCUGCAUGCUUUGACCUGCCAUGUGAGCAGCCUGCACGCCAAGAUCUACUCUGUUUCUGUCUACAA